AUGGGAUUACUAGAUGAAGCCAAAGACCUUAUGAAUACCUCGAUGCCAAAAGCUACAGAAAGGUUUUCGGGCCAGAAUGAUUCUGAUCGCAGCGGAGGACGCAACCAGGGCUCGGGUGGAAAUCCAAACCUAGAUGACUCUAGGUACGGCAAGAGCGGGAGCGGGUAUGACCAAUCUGACGAUUAUAAAACAGCUGGCUCCGGCAUGUCUGGAGGUCGUUAUGACAAGGACGAAAACGUUGGCAGUGGAUAUCAAGCACGUGACAACAUCCGUGCAUCGCAAGCAGAUAGCAUCGGUGACUCUGGUUACAACCAAUCCCGAGUCAACUUUGGUUCCACUGCCGAUGGGACUUAUGGUGCGGGCACUGAUCGCCCUUCUGAUGACUUUGGGGCUCGUGGCGGCGUCAGCGCCGGUGGGGUUGGAGACAGUCAUGAUUCCACGACUUCCGGAGGCUACGGGGCCAAUUCCCAAGGGGACUCUUUCUCCAGAAAGAAUCAAGCUGGCUUUGACAACGAGUUUUCGUCGUCUGGCGGGUAUUGA